AUGGCUGAGCGCCUACCCCAGGCUUCCCGGCAACGCCGAGGGAAAGCCAUGACGGCCGCCGCGGGUUCGGCGGGCCGCGCCGCGGUGCCCCUGUUGCUGUGCGCGCUGCUGGUGCCCGGCGGCGCGUACGUGCUGGACGACUCCGACGGGCUGGGCCGGGAGUUCGAUGGCAUCGGCGCGGUCAGCGGCGGCGGGGCAACCUCCCGACUUCUAGUAAAUUACCCGGAGCCCUAUCGUUCUCAAAUAUUGGAUUAUCUCUUUAAGCCAAACUUCGGUGCCUCUUUGCAUAUUCUAAAAGUGGAGAUAGGUGGUGACGGGCAGACUACAGAUGGUACUGAACCCUCCCACAUGCACUAUGCAUUAGAUGAGAAUUAUUUCCGAGGAUAUGAGUGGUGGUUAAUGAAGGAAGCUAAGAAGCGGAACCCUAAUAUUAUACUCAUGGGGUUGCCAUGGUCAUUCCCUGGAUGGCUGGGGAAAGGUUUCAACUGGCCUUAUGUAAACCUUCAGCUGACUGCCUACUACGUCAUGACCUGGAUUGUGGGCGCCAAGCAUUAUCAUGAUUUGGACAUUGAUUAUAUUGGGAUUUGGAAUGAGAGGUCAUUUGACAUCAAUUAUAUCAAGGUGUUAAGAAGGAUGCUGAACUAUCAAGGUCUCCAUCGAGUGAAAAUCAUAGCAAGUGACAAUCUCUGGGAACCCAUUUCUGCUUCUAUGUUGCUCGACACUGAGCUCUUGAAUGUGAUUGAUGUUAUAGGAGCUCAUUAUCCUGGGACCCGAACGGUGAGGGAUGCGAGGUUGACCAAGAAGAAGCUUUGGUCUUCUGAGGAUUUUAGCACUUUAAAUAACGAUGUGGGUGCAGGCUGCUUGGGUCGCAUAUUGAAUCAGAAUUACAUCAAUGGCUACAUGACUGCCACAAUUGCUUGGAAUUUGGUGGCGAGUUACUAUGAACAGUUGCCUUAUGGACGAUGUGGGUUGAUGACUGCUCAGGAGCCGUGGAGCGGGCACUAUGCUGUAGAACCCCCCAUCUGGGUCACAGCCCAUACCACUCAGUUUACUCAGCCAGGUUGGUAUUACCUGAAGACAGUUGGUCACUUAGAGAAAGGAGGAAGCUACGUGGCUCUGACUGAUGGCUUAGGUAACCUCACCAUCAUCGUUGAAACUAUGAGCCAUAAACAUUCUAGGUGUAUACGGCCGUUUCUGCCUUAUUUCAAUGUGUCGCACCAGUUUGCUACCUUCCUUCUAAAGGGCUCUUUUAGUGAAAUACCAGAGCUACAGGUGUGGUAUACCAGACUUGGAAAACCAUCGAAGAGAUUUCUUUUUAAACAACUGGAUUCUCUAUGGCUUCUCGACAGCGGUGGUGCUUUCACGCUGGAGCUGCAGGAAGACGAGCUCUUCACCCUCACCACUCUCACCAGCGGGGGCAAGGGCAGCUGCCCGCCGCCUCCAGAGCCCCAGCCUUUCCCGCAGGUGUAUGAUGAUGAUUUCGAUGUUGAUUACCCGUUUUUUAGUGAAGCUCCGAAUUUUGCAGAUCAGACUGGUGUCUUUGAAUACUUUACGAAUAUCGAAGACCCUGGAGAGCAUCGCUUCACGCUGCGCCAAGUUCUCAAUCAGCGGCCCAUUACCUGGGCCGCUGAUGCGUACAACACUAUCAGUGUUAUAGGAGAUUACAAAUGGUCCAACCUGACUGUGAGGUGUGAUGUUUACAUAGAGACUCCUGAGAAGGGAGGCGUGUUCAUUGCGGGAAGAGUAAAUAAAGGUGGUAUCUUGAUUAGAAGCGCUAGAGGAGUUUUCUUCUGGAUUUUUGCAAAUGGAACCUACAAAGUUACAGGUGACCUAGCUGGAUGGAUCAUAUAUGCUUUAGGACAUGUUGACGUUACAGCGAAAAGAUGGUAUACGCUCACAUUAAUUAUUAAGGGCCGUUUCUCCUCUGGCACGUUGAAUGGCAAGUCUGUCUGGAAGAAUAUCCCUGUGAGUUUCCCGAAGAAUGGCUGGGCCGCGAUUGGAACUCACUCUUUUGAAUUUGCACAGUUUGACAACUUUCAUGUGGAAGCCACAAGCUAA